AUGUUUUGGGCUGCAUUUUCUGGUAUGAGGCGUCGUUUUGGGUUAAUACCUUUAUCGAGGGACCCUGAUGCAGCACGUACUGGGAUUACUCAAUGGGUUAUUCUUAAGCUUUAUCAACAAAUGUUACCAACUUUAAUGGAUGGAGUUGAGGGUGCGAUUUUUAUGCAAGAUAACGCACCAACAUAUACCGCUUAUGUUGUACGUGACUGGCUUGCUGAGCAGAGCUUUGAGCUUAUGAUUUGGCAUCCUAAAUCACCUGAUUUAAAUCCUAUUGAGAACCUAUGGGCGAUAUUAAAAGCAAAGCUUUAUGAUGAGCAUAAAGAGCUUUAUCAUAUGCCAGAUAAUGAGGCUAUACGGGAUCAGAUGAUUAUUUGGGCCCAAGAGGCUUGGUCUAGUAUCGAUCUAUCAAUUCUUGAUAAUUUGGCCGUGACCAUGCCUCACCGCGUCGAGCAAAUUAUCAAGUAUGAGGGCUGGUACACUAGCUAUUGA